CCUGUUCCUGAAAGUGCUGUUAUCACGCAAAAAUGGUUGUUAAUAUAGAAAAACAAACACUAGCCACUACUCUUAGCUUUCCAAUAAUAACUUUCACAGAUUCUCCUGUGUGCACAAGAAGGAGUUCUUUCUCUGAUUUUCUUCGACGUUUGUUUCCACCAGCGUCCGCAAAAAGAAAACAUCAUGGGCCUCAGAUCUUUCUUCGGCAAGAAGAAAAAACUGCCCAAGACAACCUUGUCAAAGUCGUCAUCGUCAUCGUCCAAAUCAUCAUCGUUACCCAUGUCACUGCUUUCAUCGCCACCACCGCCACCACCGUCAUCACUGUCAUUGCGACAAAAUCAUUCACGUGCCGCCAUAACGGAGGAGUUGGAAUAUGUCUUCAGAAAGUUCGAUGCAAACGGCGACGGGAGAAUCUCGUCGUCGGAACUGGGGUCCAUGAUGAAGUGCCUCGGCCAACACGCCACCGAAGAGGAGGUUUUCAGAAUGAUUCAAGACGUUGAUUGCGACGGCGAUGGGCACAUCAAUUUGCAGGAGUUCAUCGAGUUAAACACCAAGGGUGUAGACCCCGACGAGGUCCUUGAGAAUCUGAAAGAAGCAUUUUCCAUUUUCGACAUCGACGGCAACGGCUCCAUCACCGCCGAGGAGCUGCACAUGGUCAUGGCCAGCCUCGGCGACGCGUGCUCCAUCGACGAGUGCCGGAGAAUGAUCGCCGGCGUCGACGGUGACGGUAACGGCAUGAUUAAUUUCGAGGAGUUUAAGAUCAUGAUGACAGGGAACACAUAAAUGAAUAAACAUGUCGACCCAUCGAAUCAAAAAAGGUUCUUUUUUUUUUAAUUCAAAAUUUUUGGUCUCAAAAUUUUGUCUUUUGUUCUUUAGCUUCUUUCGUUUUUCCCUCGACAAAUCAACGUGGUUAGAUGCGUUUAGGUGGGUGCGCGUGUUUCCUUAGUUGUUUUUUCAUGUUUUUUGUUCAUCACCUUCUUUCGGGGAAAUCAAAGAGGUGUAAGUGAUUCGAUUUUUUGAUAUGAGAUUCUGUGCAUGGCUGUUUCCAGAGUCUAUUGAUCGUAAACUCGAUUUAGUUUCAUUAGUUUCUUCACGCACCUUUUAAAGUCUUUAACUUCUUUUUCAUGAUUUAAGCAAUCUAGUAUUCACAAUCAAAGAUAGUUAUAAGAGUCAUAUAAAUAGAAAAAGCAUUUAAU